AUGAUCAGACGUGGCGACAGAAAUGUUUCGAGAACGGAUAUGUGGAAUUUGAUGCGCCAAGUUUUCGUUUUCUCGGAGGAUGACUUUAAAUACACAAUUUCUCUACAAGUUCGCCCUGGUCUUAUCAUUACUGGUUCUCAUGAUUAUAAGUGGCGGGUCUGGAAUUUUGAAGAUGCUCAACCGGCUUUUACUCUAACUGGUCAGAAUGGUCUCCUUUAUUCGUAUCAAGUGAGCGAAGAUCGCAAAUACAUUGUCUGUAGCGGGUUAGAUGGAACGGUGCGCGUUUGGUAUGGUCAAACCGGUGCACAGCUUCAUGUUUUGCAGGGACAUACGCAUAGGAUUUCAUGCAUGAGUCUACAUGGGACAACUCUUGUUUCUGGAUCGUGGGAUCAAACACUCCGAGUCUGGGACAUUGUCGACGGGAAAUGCCUUCACAUUUUGGCUGUCGCUGCUUGGGUGAAUUUUGUGAAAUUUGAUGGAGAACGGGUUGUAUUUGAUGGCCAAGCUUUUGCCGUAAACGUUUGGAAUGUACACACGGAAGAGUGUUUGCACAUGCUGACCGGUCACACGGAAAGGAUCAAUUCUCUUUUGUUUGAGCCAGAGCGCGAUCUUGUCGUUUCGGGCAGUCAUGACGGAACUAUUCGCGUCUGGGAUGUGCAAAGAGGAACAUGCAUCGCAAAUAUUGUCUUUCAUGAAGGGUCACGGCUCAGUGGUUACUUUGAGAUGCAGCUUCGCGGAAACAUUUUGGCCUGCUAUUACGCCUCGGAAGUUAAGGUUUGGGACAUUCGUGAGGGUGGCUCGUGCCUUCACCACUUGCAUGGCGUAAAUGGUCACACGUCGGCCAUCACUUCAUUGCAAUUGCUCGACUCCGGCCUUUUGGUGACAGGUUCGAUGAAUGGAUCGGUCAUGCUCUGGGAUGUGGACAAAGGUAUCUUUAUUCGUGAUCUCAUUCCAUUGGUUGACCAUCGCCAUUAUUAUUGGAAUCUCGAAGCCUCUGAAACAUCACUCGUCUGUGGAGUUCGAGUUUGGGAAGACCGAUCGGGAGAGGAGACAAAGAUUGCUUAUCGCAUCAUCGCCCAUUUGACACCGCACGAUUUGAUGAGUUGUGCUGGCGUUUCGCGGACGUGGCAACGGAUUUGUGAAGAUGAUCAGACAUGGCGACAGAAAUGUUUCGAGAACGGAUAUGUGGAAUUUGAUGCGCCAAGUUUUCGUUUUCUCGGGGGUUGGGCGGUGAAACGAGCAAAUGAGCAAGCCGGAAUCUGUUCACAUAUGGACCUUCAAGAAGCACAUCAGAAUCGACAAGCACGCGAGAUCGCAUAUGGACAAUGUUAUGAGCGUUCGCCAUGGAAGUCGCUGUACUUGCGAAAGAAGCGAAUCAUUUCGAAUUGGCGAUCCCGAGCGAUUCAAUCAAGCACUGUUCUAGAUGAUGACCUUCUGUAUCAAGUCUUGUAUCAGAAAAAUCAGUCUGCUCGUAUCAUUACUAGUUUUCAUGAUUAUAAGUUGCGGGUCUGGAAUGCUGGAGAUGCUCAACCGGCUUUCACUCUAAGUGGUCAGCGCGGUUCCGGUUAUUCGUAUCAAGGGAGCGAAGAUGGCAAAUACAUUGUCUCUAGCGAGUCUGAUGGAACAGUGCGCGUUUUGUGUGGUAAAACUGGUGCAGAGCUUCAUUUUUUGACGGAUUUGAUUCUAUGCAUGAGUCUACAUGGCACAACUCUUGUUUCUGGAUCAUCGGAUCUAACACUUCGAGUCUGGGACAUUGUCGACGGGAAAUGCCUUCACAUUUUGGCUAUCGAGGCGGAGGCGUAUUUUGUGAAAUUUGAUGGAAAACGGGUUGUAUUUAUCGGCCAUGGAUUUACCGUAAACGUUUGGAUUAUACACACGGAAGAGUGUUUGCACACGCUGACGGGCCACACGGGGCCAGUCGAUUCACUUUUGUUUGAGCCAGAGCGCGGUCUUGUCGUGUCGGGUAGUAGUGAUGACGGAACGAUUCGCGUCUGGGAUGUGCAAAGAGGAACAUGCAUCGCACUUAUUGGCUGUCGUCACAAUUUAAGGUACACAGGUAACUUUGGGAUGCAGCUUCGCGGAAACAAUUUGGCCUGCUAUUACGCCUCGGAAGUUAAGGUUUGGGACAUUCGUGAGGGUGGCUCAUGCCUUCACCACUUGCAUGGCGGAAAUGGUCAGACGUCGACCAUCACUUCAUUGCAAUUGCUCGACUCCGGACUUUUGGUGACAGGUUCGAGGAAUGGCUCGGUGAAGCUGUGGGAUGUGAAGAAAGGUACCUUCGUUCGUGAUCUCGUUCGAUCUCGUUGGGGUGACCCUGGCCGUUAUUAUUGUAAUCUCAAAGCCUCUGAAACAUUACUCGUAUGUGGAGUUCGAUCGGUAGAGGAGGCAAAGCUCAUCUUGAUCGAUCUUGACGCAUCAUAUCCA